GUUUCGGUGACCUUCAUCCUCUAUCCCUUACCCACUGCACCUGCUGUCACUGCGAACGCGUACACAUCCUCGUAAUACUUCGAUUAAUUAUCUGCUGGCCCAGAUGACCCAAUCCACCCCCCAUACAUCCUCAUCGCACGGUUCUGAGCCUUCCAAUGCGGCACAAUACACGCCAAACACUGGCAUGCAUAUGGAUCAAUUUCCCUGGCCUCACCCCGCAUACAUUCCUCAUCCAGGCCUCUACUACCCUUACGGUGUGCCUAUUGCGCCGCAUGGUGCCGCUCCUCCAUAUGCACCUGUAGUACCUUCGCCUGAUGUUGGUUCUGGAGUUGCGCAUCACGCGUCCCAAACGGGACAACAUGGUUAUUACCCCCCUGCAGUAGCCGAUGUCACUAAUGUUAGUCAAUACCCACCGCUAACUGAGGCUGCUCCUCCCCCGCAACACCCAUCCGCGCCCCCCCUGUACCAUCAAGCAUUCCCAUCGAGUGUUUCUCCAGGAGCCAUCAUCCCUUACGCUCCACCCACACCCCACCAAGGGUAUCUCCAGCAUCACGGGCCUGGGCUCCCAACGGGCUUUACUCCCUUGUUCACGGGAAACGUCAAAAAACGCAACGUCAAGCGAACCAAAAUAUGGCUCGACAAGAUCAAGGAUGACCCGUUAUUUAAACCCGUGUUAGAUCAAUCUGGUCAACACUACGGGACAUAUGUGUGUUCUAAGGAUGGCAUGGUCAUCCGUCCUGGCAGUUACAAACACCACAUCACGACAGCGAAACAUGUUGGUAACAAAUUAACGCUAUUCAAAUGCCCUCUUUGUCCGAAAACUUAUACCCGACGUGAUGCCUGCAAGAGGCAUUGGGACGAGAGAUGUGGAAAGCUAGCAGCUGACGGCGCUCGGCUAUCAUACAGAGCCGCUUGCCAACGUUUCAUGAGUUCCGCUUCUGCUUCGCCUGAGACCAUGUCGACAGAGGUCACCGAAGACGCCCCAAGCCCUGAUUCUUGUGCGGCUAAUGAGAUACAGGACCUUGCUUUGGUGGCACCCGAGCUUCCCCCAUCUGAAGUACGAGAGAUUACACUCGCAGAGGUCCACGAAAACCUUGCCUUUGGGAGGUGGAUUAAUGGCAUAGAGGACUUUGUGGAUCCUGUCCUUCCCAUCUCCGAACCUCCGUCCUCUCCGUUACCAGAGACCAUGCUCGCAGAGGCUGCCGAAGACCCAGAUGUCUGGAGCCUCGUUAAUGAGAUAGAGGACUUUGUGGAUCCCGAAAUUCCUCUUUGCGAGUCUCCCGCAGACGCCGCUGAAGACCCUGAUUUUUGCAACUUGCCAAUCAGAACCCUUUUGAUAUGUUCUUGGCUAAACAAUUCUUACGAGAGCGCUCUACACCAACGAUCUCCCUCUGAAUUAGCACCUCUCUCUUCUGCCCUCAUCGACCACGAGAUGUAGAGUUUAUUUCAUAUUUCACUUCUUUGCCAACUAUCCAUUAUCCUUUCUAUAUUUCACUCCUUGCUACCGCCUAUUCACGUAUAGCACCACACAUUAUUUCCGUACCCUCAUCGACUAUGAGAUGUAGAGUUCAUUUCAUAUUACACUUCUUUACCAACUAUUCACUAUCCUCUCUAUGUUUCGCUCCUUGCUGUCACCUAUUCACGUAUAGCAUCACAUAUUCUUUUCAUACUCUAUGGGGUAGCGCACUACCUCUCGUUCAUUCUUACCAUU